AUUGAAAGAUGAUGAUAGCGGAGAUCAUGACCAGAACGAGGAGAAUAACACACAGAAAGACAGUGAGAAGGAAAAGAAUGAUCGAGAGAAACCACAGAGUACUACCAAGAGGAAGGCUGUUGUCCCAGGGCCAGCUGAGCACCCCUUGCAGUAUAAUUACACCUUCUGGUACUCUAGACGAACACCCGGGAGGCCCACCAGCUCACAGAGUUACGAACAGAACAUCAAACAGAUUGGCACUUUUGCCUCCGUGGAGCAGUUCUGGCGGUUUUACAGUCACAUGGUACGUCCUGGGGACCUGACAGGCCAUAGUGACUUCCACCUUUUCAAAGAGGGGAUCAAACCCAUGUGGGAGGAUGAUGCCAACAAAAAUGGUGGUAAAUGGAUUAUCCGUCUGCGAAAGGGCUUAGCGUCCCGAUGCUGGGAGAAUCUCAUUCUGGCAAUGUUGGGAGAACAGUUUAUGGUGGGGGAAGAAAUCUGCGGGGCAGUCGUCUCUGUCCGAUUCCAGGAGGAUAUCAUCUCCAUAUGGAACAAGACAGCCAGCGACCAGGCCACGACAGCCCGGAUACGCGACACGUUACGAAGGGUGCUCAACCUACCUCCCAACACCAUCAUGGAAUAUAAAACACACACCGACAGCAUCAAGGAUAAUUCAAGCUUUCGAAACACAAAAAUCACGUUGUGAGAACAAGAGUUGGCACUAAGCUCCUCUGUCUGUGUUGAAAGCACUGAGAGGUCUCCACCAGUGCCCCCCGACGUCUGAAGGGACUCAUGGGCCACUCUCUCGCACUCCUCCUUGGAGGAAGGAUCCAUCUGAAGCCCUCCAGCAGCGGUGACAAUAGAGGCUGAUUUUGUCAUACACAAACUUUUUUUUAGCAGUGGGGCGGGAGGCCAACCUUUCAAUUAGCAGCGUGCCCUUGGGGCCGCAUCUUGCAGCACUUUCCUCUCUUUCUCUACAUGACAUGCAGGAUCUCUGGGAUUCUGCCUCAACGUCAGAGCCUUUUGCUGAGGGAUACCAGUAUUAUAAAUCUCUCUGCAGCUGGGAGGAGCUUCCCAGUUGAGAGUCAGCCCUAUGGUUUUCAAAUGCCCCCUUUCAGCUCUGCCAAUAAAUUAUUGGGUCUCUUUGUUUCU